UCCCUGGCUCCCACAAUCAGGGGCGGCUGAAAGACAGCAGUAGGGACAGAGCUAUUGAACAAGAGAGGGCUUGAACAGCAAGGGCCUGUAGAUACAGUGUGUGCCGGAUGGACUUGGACCAGCUAUGGGGUGAGAACCACGGCCUCUCCCACGUGGAAGGCAGCAACGACUGGGGUGAUGAGUUAGGAGGACUGGGUGUUAUACCCUUCAGUCAUUCCCUCAUCCCUCUCAGAGACUUCGUCCACUCCGUCCUCACCGAUCUGGACAUGUGGGACAGCAGGUCUCACUUUAAAUCUCAGUCCUUAGCGUGGAGUAUGGCAUGUAGGACUGGAGGGUUCCUCUCCAAAAUGAGCACCGGCACCUCCGCUAAUGGCAGAGACAGUGGCUUCAGCAGACAGAGUGACCCAGGGCUGGGCAAAAGAAGAUGGCAGUCGAUGUCCCGCCUGGCCCCCGAGGGCGCACCCCGGUCCCUCUCCCCUGUCUCCCCAGGGGUUGAGCUGAGAGCAGCCCUGGAAGAGAGUGGCUUUAGGCGAGCAGAGCUGGUGCAGAGGCUGCGGGAGGCCCAUGGACGUCUGGACAGCCAGACAGACCUGCUGAAGAACAGAGACACACAGCCGCAGCACAGCAGUAGUACUGCACAGCUGCUGGAGAUUAAACACAAGCAGCUGGCAGAAGCAGUGAGUGGUCUUGAGCAGGAGAAGGAGGCAGCUGAGUUGAGCCGGUUUGAAGAAAGUCGUCGUCGCGGAGAACUGCAAGACAAGGUUCUUCGACUGGAGAUGGACAUGUUGAAGAUGAGAUCGAACCUGACUGUUAUCAAACCGGCGGCCCCAAGAACUAACAACAACCCCCUCAGCAGGACCUCACCUGUUACACAACAAGACUUGUUCAGAGAGGAAAAGCACAAAGCAGAGAGAGAGCUGUCCAGACUAAGAGAGGCCCUCAGAGAGGCCGAAGAGAGAGCAGAGGCCCUGGAGACAGAGAGAGACCUUCAGCAACUACACAGCUCUAAAGAGGCUCAGAGGACUGUGUUGAACCAGACAGAGGAAGUGAACCAGAGACUGGGUCGGGCCUUGCAGACCCACAGCGAGCUGCAGGACCAGCUGAGUGAGGCACGCAGUAAGCUGGGUCAGGCCACUCUGGAGAGGGACCUUCUGACCUCCAAGGUGUUGCGGCUGGAGGACAGUGUGGAGGACCUGAAGAUCAAGCUGACCGGGGCCAUGUCUGACAAGGACCGCUUACUGCAGGAGAAGGCAGACCUGCACCAGCAUGCUCAGGAUCUGGAGCUGCAGUUGGAGAGGGCCCAGAGAGGCAGGGAAGGCUACACAGACCAGGUGUGUGAGCUCAGCAACCAGCUGGCUGAGGCCAAGGCUCACACCAACAGGCAGGGGCAGGAGACUGUGCAGAUGAAACAGGAACUUCUGACUGUGACAGAGAUGAAUGAAAAGAUGACAUCGGAGCUGGAGAUGGUCAGACAGAGGCUGGAGUCCUCAUUGGCUCAGCUGCAUGAGCUGGGAGCGGAGAGAGUCAUCCACACCAAUCAGAUCGCAGCUCUGGAGACGGAGCGCUCGCAGCUGAUUGGAGAGAAGCAGGAGUUGACGAGUUCUAUUGGACGGGAGGGAAGACAGGAGGAGGAAGUGACAGAGUUGAGGGAGAGUUGUUGUCAGCUCAGUGAAUCCCAGGAUGCCUUGGAGUCCGAGAACCAGAGGCUGCACGAAUGCUGCCUGACCUUGGAGGCGGAGCUCCUGGAAAAGGAGGAGGGGCUGUGUCAGAAGGGGGAGGAGCUGCAGCGGUUGGAGGCUGAGUCGGCUCAGAACAUGGAGGAGCUGAGGGGUGUGGCCUCACACUGGAGCGAGAAGUGGCAGGAUGUGGCUAUGGCGUUACAAUCCACCCAGGCAGAACUAGAGGAACUCAGAGAGAAGAACCCUGGAGAUACACUUCAAGAGGUGGUCUGGCUGAAGGUGGAGGUUGAGAGACUUCAGACACAGGGACAGAGAGACAAGGAAGAGAUUCAGACUCUUCAUCAGCACUGGGCCAAUAAAGAGGCAGAGCUGAGCAGAGUCAUUAAAGAUGGCGGUUCUCUGCUGAAGGUAGAGCUGAACGCUUGUAAACAACAGUUGGAGCUGGAGAGGAGCCGGACUCAGGCUCUACACAACAGACUGAAAGUUAAAGACAACCCUCAUAUAUUGGGUAAAAUGACCCGGGAUGAACAGGUCUCGCUGGAGGAGCUGGGCCAGGUGAGAGCAGAGCUACAGGAGGAGGUAGAUGGGGCCCAGGUGAGGGCAGAGCUACUGGAGGAGGUGGAUGGUGCCCAGGUGAGGGCAGAGCUACAGGAGGAGGUGGAUGGGGCCCAGGUGAGGGCAGAGCUACUGGAGGAGGUGGAUGGGGGCCAGGUGAGGGCAGAGCUACUGGAGGAGGUGGAUGGGGGCCAGGUGAGGACAGAGCUACUGGAGGAGGUGGAUGGGGGCCAGGUGAGGGCAGAGCUACUGGAGGAGGUGGAUGGGGGCCAGCGCUACAUAAAGGAGUGGGACAUGUUGAGGGACAGAGACACUAAACUGGAGGAGCAGCAACAUGAGCUACAGUCAGCCAGGGGACAGGUGUCACAGCUAAAUAGUGAUCUUCAGAGGCUGGAGCUGGAAGUGGCAGAGAGAGAACAGCACCUGAGGGAGAAGGAUCAUGCUCUGAGGAGUCUGGAGAGACUGAGAGAUGCCGAGAGGACAGAGGCGCAAAUCAAGGUUUCAACACUGGAGUUGAAGUUGAUUAACCUGAAGGAGCAGGCCGGUGGAGAAGGUCUAUGUCAUGGAGGCCAAGAACAAGCUCAGCACACUGACUCACUGAGGUCUCAGUUAGAGGAGAGCAGGAGGAGAGCCAAUCAGCUGCAACAGGAGAGAGACCAGGCAGUUCAGAGGCUACAGACUCUACGCGAUACCGGUUCCUACACCAGAUUGUUUUUUGCGGCAUACCAAAUGCCAAAUAUCUGUGACCAGGCUACGGAACAGAAAGCAGCUGCUGGUAGCAGGAAAGAGAGAACGGUUUGUGUGGAUAACAUAGUGAACCAGGAUAAACAGAGAAGACUGGUAACAGAACAGCUGAAGAGUCUAUUUAAGGAGCGUGAGCAGUUGGGUCAGGUCUAUGGAAGGUCAGCAGGAGGAGGAGGAGUUCUGCAAGGCUGGGCACCGAAGUCAAAGGUCAUCAAGAACUCCCUUGACACACUACACAGCCAGAGGAAGAGAGAGAAGGAGCUGAUGAGGGAGCAGCAGCAGCAGUUUGCAGGACUGGGGCCUGUGUCCGAGGAGCAAGAAGAGGAGGACGACCCAGAGAGGCAGGUGACUCGCCUCAGGGAGGAACUCCACAGCAAGACCCACGCGAUGUCCGCGAUGAGUGUGGAAAUCAGCAAUCUGAAAGAGAGAAAUGAAAACCUCCAGAAAGCCAAGCUAAGGUUCCAGCCACAGAUCCAAGGGUUCAGAACCCAGGCGCCACAGCACAAUUCUAACUCUUCAGGGAAGACCACGUCAGAGAGCAAGGAGCCUCUUCUAUUGGAGAGAGACAUGCAGAGGGGAUCAUUAUCAUCAUCACCACCACCCCGCUGGGAAGAUGGCGUGUUCCUGGCUAGGCAGGUGCAGAUCGGCAGCCCUGAGUUGGAGGGGGAGGAAGAGGAAGAUGGAGGCUGUGGCUGAUGCAUACAAGCGGGUCAUACCGGGUCCUAAUUUGCUCCCUACCCCUCUUCUCCUUGGCCCUUAACUACUUCAAGGUUGAUCUGAAGCAUCUAAAUAUGUAGAAGCAGUUGUAGAGCUUCCCCCAUAUUGCUUCCCCCAUAUUGCUUCCCCCAUAUUGCUUCCCCCCCUACAGAUCUGCAAACAUUGAAGCUAAUGGAGUCCUCCGUCUUCGUGUGAAGUCUUACUAUGGUCAUGCAAUGAUACAUAUCCUAAAAAAGGUCGUACAAACCAGAAUUAACGUCAAUCUACAGAUUAGUGGUUAUUAGUGGUCCUGUGUGGCUCAGUCGGUAGAGCAUGGCGCUUGCAACGCCAAGCGUCGUGGGUUCGAUUCCCGCUGGGGCCACCCAUAUAAAAAAAAAAAAAAAAAAAAAAAAGUAGUGGCCCCAGCCGACUUGUAAGUCGCUUUGGACAAAAGCGUCUGCUAAAUGGGAUAUAUUAUAUAUUAUUAUAUAUUACAAAUGUGGUGCUUUUGUUGAUGCUUAUCCAUGAAAAAGGAAGUGAAACGUGUUCCAUUGAUAAUAGUGAGGUGAUGACAACAGAGGAUGAUUUUCUAUAAUACUCUAUAUAAGCUAAUGAUCCACAUAUAGGGCUGUGUAAUAGUAGCAAUGUUAAUGUGGUUAAUGCAUUAAAACUACAAUGUUACAACAAUUAUGGAAGGUUUGUGAUUUGCCCAUUUUGUUGUAAUUAAAAAAUGAUUGCGUUAA